ACUGUUCCUUCCCUAAUACACCCGGUCCCGUAAUAGGUAUUCCCCCCAUCCAACGCGGAUUAGAGAAUCCUUACCUAUUUCUUAUUUUCGUUUCCUUUUUCUGCCCUCAUAGAUUUCUGCUUCUCCUUCCAUCGGUAUUGCAGAUGUGUCCUCAUUUCUUUUGCUUUCAUAACAAAUCCUCAACAUUAUCUUCAUCGGAGGCCGUUUUCAGAGGGUAGGCCUGUAAGGAGCGAAACCAAUGGCAACGAUAAGCCGAGCGCAACUGCUGCACCAUCCAUCAGCCUACUUCUCCAGACUACCCCAUUCCCACUCCUCCUUCUCCAUCAAUUUUCGCCGCCGCAAAUUCUCCGUCACUCCUCCUCUCCUCUGCUCCUCCUCCUCUUCCCCCUCAGCAUCCACGAAUCCGUCCAUCGUCGGAGAUCUUUUGAAUUAUCUCAACGAAUCCUGGACUCAGUUUCACGCUACAGCUGAAGCAAAACGACAACUAAUUGCUGCUGGUUUUCAUUUAUUAAAUGAGAAUGAUGAGUGGGACCUUAGGCCUGGUGGACGAUACUUCUUCACUAGGAACAUGUCUUGUUUGGUGGCUUUUGCCGUAGGAGAAAAUUUUGCAGGUACAUUGUUGGUAAUGGCUUUCAUGUUAUUGCUGCACAUACAGACAGUCCUUGUCUCAAACUUAUGGAGGUGGUUUAUGGCACACUUGGUUCGACAGAGACCUAAGUGUUGCUGGAAGAGUCAUUGUUAGGGCUAGUGAUGGUUCAUUUCUUCACAAGCUUGUCAAAGUAAAGAGACCUCUUCUACGAGUACCCACAUUGGCAAUUCAUCUUAACCGGUUAUCUUCUUAUUCCUUGAAUAACCAUUUUAAAAUAAUGUUAUUUUAUGUUUGAAUAUUGUAAAUACUUUUAGGGUUUUUUUUAAAUAAUUAAUAAUGCCUUUAUUGGGAUUGGCUAGUGAUGAUCCUGGUAUUUUGUUGUUGAAGUCAACCCUACUUUUACUUUUUACCACCUAUUGAAGCAGAUAAAUUGGAUGAGGAGAUCAUUUUUCUGCUAAA